AAACCAAACUAAGACACUAAAAGCCUGAGUUCAUCACCUACAGUAUAUUCUAUAUUGUAAAAAAUGAAGCUGGAUAGCACACCAGGAGACAUGAGCGGGUGGAGGGAAUUGGACUUCGCUCUCAACUGCACCUACAUUGUGCCAGACCAGGUGUCAGACCCCAGCUUCAGCCUGCCCAAAGCUAUGACCUCCAUCCCACGCAACCUCACUUUCGAAUACGGCACAGACAAUGAGGUGACAGGUGUGUUCAGCAAAGAAUACAUUCCCCAGGGGACACGCUUUGGCCCCCUGCAGGGAGACAUCUACACCAAAGACAACGUUCCCAAGCAGGCCAACAGAAAAUACUUUUGGAGGAUUUACAGCGGCGGGCAGCUUCAAAACUUCAUUGAUGGCUAUGACGUCCACAGGAGCAACUGGAUGCGAUACGUCAACCCAGCACGCUCUUUGGCCGAACAGAACCUGGUGGCAUGCCAAAACGGCCCGGACAUCUACUUUUACACCAUCCGACCAGUGGAGCCCAAACAGGAGCUGCUGGUGUGGUACAGCCAGGAGUUUGCACAGAGACUCUGCAGUCAGCAGGAUGACAUCAAACAAAAAUACAUGAGUGCUGAUGAAGACCAUGAGCCAGAGUACACCAAACAACACCUACCUCAGCAGACCUGGUUCAAGGAAAGAACAAAGGAAGAAGUGAAAGAAGAGAGAGAUGAUGAAGGAGAUGAGAAGAUCGAUGUGGAAAUGUUGGAGAGAGACACUCCUCCUGACACACCUGACGACCAAAUCAUGGACUUCAGCAAAAAAGUUGAAAAGGAGGAGAAGAGCGACAGGGAUCCAGAGGAUCGGGGGGUCAUUCCCUCUCCUCAGUUUGAGCACAGAGAACCAAGUCUGAGAUUGAAUCACCCGUACGUAUCAGAGCACCACCCUGCACUCCAAUCUGGCCACCGAAAUGUCCCCCUUCACCUCCACGGCCUCUACGGCCACAGGGAGGGGCUGGUGUCAUCUUAUCCCCUAUACCCUCAGUCCAGACCCCUCCAGCCCACAUACCCACUCAUUCCUCCAUACGGCCCACACUAUUCUCGCCUCCUCCUCCCCUCCUACUCCCCUCCUUUUCCUGGGAUGCUGCCUUCAAGAGGAUCCCUCAGGUACAGCAACUACCUUGGCACAGAUGGAAUCCCGUACCCCCCAAUCGGCCCACCUAAUCUACUUCCAGUGUCCCUCCCUUACCCUCCAUCGCCACAGGGAGGUCUGAAAGAACUAACACCGAAUGUGUCACCACCACGAGGCGCCCCAGCCACCCCAGAGCUUUCCCCUCUCCCCAAGCCAAGCGGCCAACACCAGUCCCCUGAGCAGUCUCCCUCUGGCUGCGAGGAGGCAAUGAACCUAACCCUGGCUACAACCAAAAGCAACCCAGCGCCACGAAACGGCCCUGGCCACAAAUCCCUGCCCUACCCACUGAAGAAGCAGAAUGGAAAGAUCAAAUAUGAAUGUAACAUCUGUGCAAAGACUUUCGGGCAGCUGUCAAACCUCAAGGUCCAUCUCCGAGUGCACAGUGGUGAGAGACCGUUCCAGUGUAACUUAUGUAAGAAGAGUUUCACUCAGCUGGCUCACCUCCAGAAACAUCACCUGGUCCACACUGGGGAGAAACCCCAUGAAUGUCAGGUGUGUCACAAGCGCUUCAGCAGCACCAGCAACUUAAAAACACACCUGCGACUACACUCUGGGGAAAAACCUUACCAGUGCAAGCUGUGCAGCACAAAGUUCACCCAGUACAUCCACCUCAAACUGCACCGCCGCCUCCACAGCAGCCGCGACCGCCCAUACCGCUGCCAGCUCUGCGCCCAGGCCUUCUUCCACCGAUUUUCCCUUCGUAUCCACCAGCGCAGCUGUUGCCUGGCUAACGCUCCAGUCAGCGUACACAUAAAAGAAAUGGUGGAGCGGUUUGAUGCCAGCCAAGAGGCCGACACACUCACAGAGACGGCAUCAGCACCACAGGUGGAGGAGGCUGUUGAGCGAUGGCUGGCUCGUACGUUGGAAGGCGAAGGGAAGGAGGACCAGAGGGAGGCCAACAUACUGCUGAAAGCUCUGACGAUGGCUAUUAACGCACCAGCACUGCCUUUGGCCCAAUCAGCUGUACCUGCUUCGCACCACAGCCCCCCGCUAGCCUAUCAGGAAAGGGCCAGCGUUGUCCAUCUCCACAAACGGCCAACAGUGAAGACAGAAGGACAGUGAGAGGGGGUUGAAAGAACACUUAUAGGGAUAGGAAGAAAUACAAAGAUGGACAUACAGCAUACCAUCAAUCAAGAAAACAGAUAUCGCCAAAUAAAACUCUCUAUUUUGUCCAAGGACACAACAGGGAAUAUGAACAUUCCCAAUCCAAUGAGCGCAGCACCAAAAGAAGAGCAUUCCAAAGACUGGGCUAGGGUAUUCAGUGAUUGUACUUCCUCCCAAAACUCAGUGUAAAAAAAAUGAAAAGUG